AUGACCUAUUCGAUCUCGUGCGAGGCCGAUUGCUACGCGAAUGGCUACCAGUACUGGGGGGAAUGCGCAAGUGAAUGUGACUGCCUGGACACCUGGGACCCGGUCCGUGGAUACGAUGGCAUGACCUAUUGGAAUUCGUGCGAGGCCGAUUGCUACGCGAAUGGCUACCAGUUCUGGGGGGAGUGCUACACGUUGUUCUGCGAUGCGUGUGCAGACUCGGACCGGGAUUGUGAAGGUUACGCCGCUUGCGACGACGGGUACACUGCUGAGCCGGGUGAUUAUUGCGUGCCAGGUUGCUCUCAAUUCGCUCAAUACAUGUGUUUCGGGUGUUUUAUCAUUCCCACGAGUACUGCUCCUGCAUGCAGCAGCGCCUCCAUGAUAGUCCUGUUGGUGUCAGCGUUGCUGCGGUGA